GCGGCAAUUAGGCCUCUUCUCUUUGUCUCUCUCUGUCUCUGUCUGUCUAAAGAACCCUUUAUCUCUCUCUGCGUGUCUAUGCCUUUUCUGCUGUAAAAGGCUAUAUGUAGAUCCAUGGAAGGCCGGCCCCAUAAUCCUCCAUUGCUCAGAUCGACGCCUUUAUAGUGUACCUGCCAUUACACAAUUGAUACGGUGUCUUCUUGUUGGUUAUAUAACAAUCUGAGCCCGAAACACGUUACCGGAUCUUCACAAUGAAGGGGGUGUCGUCGAGGUUUUUCACGAUCGGGCUGGUGUCCGCCUGGUACUCUUCCAAUAUUGGGGUUCUGUUACUGAAUAAAUACUUGCUAAGCAAUUAUGGGUUCAAGUACCCGAUCUUCCUCACCAUGUGCCACAUGACCGCUUGCUCUCUGUUGAGCUACAUCGCUAUAGCAUGGAUGAAGAUGGUUCCUAUGCAGACGAUUCGCUCCAGGGUCCAGUUCUUCAAGAUCUCCGCUCUCAGUCUUGUGUUUUGUGUGUCGGUCGUGUUUGGAAACAUCUCAUUGAGGUUCUUGCCCAUCUCAUUUAACCAGGCGAUCGGAGCCACCACACCGUUUUUCACUGCGGUGUUCGCGUAUUUGAUGACUUUCAAGAGGGAGGCAUGGCUAACAUACGUCACGCUGGUUCCAGUUGUUGCAGGGGUCGUCAUUGCGAGCGGGAGCGAACCAAGUUUCCAUCUGUUUGGGUUUGUUAUAUGUGUUGCGGCUACAGCUGCAAGGGCACUCAAAUCAGUUUUACAAGGGAUUUUGUUGUCUUCUGAAGGGGAGAAGCUGAAUUCAAUGAACCUUCUUCUAUACAUGGCUCCUAUAGCAGUCGUGUUUCUUCUUCCCGCAACACUCAUUAUGGAGGAAAAUGUGGUUGGGAUUACCCUAGCUCUAGCUAGAGAUGACAUAAAGAUAAUCUGGUAUCUACUUUUCAACUCGACGUUAGCAUAUUUCGUGAACUUGACCAACUUUUUGGUCACUAAACACACCAGUGCUCUUACGCUCCAGGUGCUCGGAAAUGCCAAAGGAGCCGUAGCUGUGGUAGUUUCGAUUUUAAUAUUCAGAAAUCCUGUCUCCGUCACUGGAAUGCUUGGCUACUCACUCACAGUCCUUGGGGUAAUCCUUUACAGUGAAGCCAAGAAAAGAAGUAAAUGACACAUCAUUGAAGCAAAGGGCUUAAAGGUGAAAUUUUCGAUUAUUUUGUUUCCAUCAGUGCAAAAUAGAGCGACAAUGUUCAUGGAAGCAAAUAUCGAGGCAUGCAGCAUCGCUAAUCUGUGGAUUUCACCAUCUAGAUGUUAUUUUUUUUCGCCUAGACGCCUGGAGAUUUGGUUUCCAUUUGUAUCCAGGUUUAUGACUGCAGCAGGAUUAGCCCAAUGUAGAAAAGUUUCAAUAAGUGACAAUUUCUGGGGUUGUAGAGGAAUAGCAUUGUCUUUUUCUUUUCUUUUCUUUUUUCCUUUCUUUUUUUUUUUUCCUUUAAAAAUUCUUUCAGGAAAUAGGAUUUGGCUGUCAACACGAUCACACUGUUAUAACAUUUGUCAUAUAUCAGUUACUUAAUGAUAAAACCUUAUAGUUUUACCAUCAAAA